CAUGUCCAAACUCCUUAACGUCGUUGAAAAACUCGUUUUCCCAGCUCUCGGUAUCAGUUGCAUUUUGUUGUAAAUUCAAAACAAUGGCAGGAAAGGAGAAACCGGUGCUGGAUAUAGUCCAUCAAAACUCAAUUCACGUUGAGACGAUCCGGAAAGAGCAAAGAUACCAGAAACUCCACACGGAGUUCAGCAUCAACCCACACAGGACAUUACACGUCCUGCCAGACAAACCCAUGUCAAGGAAACCAAAAGAAGUGAUUGCAGAGAACACGGACUUCAUCGAUGCCUUCCACAAAGCUCACCAAGAACCCACCAAGAAGUAUGCAAUGCCACUGACGGAAAGUCAUGAGAUAGGGUGGCUGUCAGAUCCACUGAUACCAUCAACCCGCAAUGACAGGAGAUUCCAUUUCUCCAGAAUCAGCACAGACAUCACCAUACACCAGGAAAAGGCCCUGCGUGCAUCAAAUUAGACGAAGACAGAAAGAAUAAAAAUCUCUUACAAUAAGAAACCUAUGUUCCGACUUUAUUUGUUUAUAAACAUACAGGUACCAGAGGCUACAUUGUGUAUUUCCAUUUUAGCAAGCAAAGGGAAAUCAUUUGCAGGGAUAACAUUUGCACAGGUCUAUUUGAAGCACCCUUGCACAUCACAUACUAAUCAUUAUAAUGAACAGGAAAGGGCAAAACGAACAGGCGCUCAAUAUAUAAAAUGUCAUGUCACAUGAAAGAAUCAAUGAGUCAAGAAGCUGAGUUAAAAAAAAAAAAAA